AGCCUCCUCUAUGAUGUCUUGCCCAGACACAUCGCUGACGCGCUCAAGGACGGGAAGCCGAUCGAGCCGGAGAGACGAGAGGUCGUCACCAUCUUCUUCUCUGACAUCGUCAACUUCACGACCAUCAGCUCCAAGUUGGAGCCCUGGAAAGUCUCCAAGUUCCUGGAUCGCCUCUACUCCAACUUCGACAGCUUCGCGCAGGCUCACGGGGUCUUCAAGCUCGAGACGAUAGGAGACGCGUACAUGGCCGUCACCAACCUCCUCGAGGAUCAGGUCGAAGAUCACGCGGUCCGCAUCGCCAGGUUCGCACUGGACGCCAUCGAGUGCGCGUCUACCACCCUCCAGGACGAGGACGCGCCGGAGCUCGGGACCCUCAAGAUCAGAGUCGGGAUCCACUCGGGCCCGGUGGUCGCCAACGUCAUCGGGAAGCAGCGGCCUAAGUACACGCUCUUCGGGGACGCGGUGAACACUGCUUCACGAAUGGAGUCGACUUCUAUCCCCGGCAAGAUCCAGUGCACGGAGGUGAGU